UUUUUUUUGUUCCUUUAUUAUUAUUCCCUUUCUUUGUAUAUACCAAGUUUAUCGAGAAAGAGAUAUAAUAAGUAUAUACAAAAUAUAUACAUAAAUAUUUAAUUAUUUAUAUAUUUAUAUACAUCGAGAUGGCGCAAUCUAAACUUUUUCAUAUUAAUGACUAUCCCGUUGUCAUUGGUAUCGAUUUCGGUACCACUUUUUCUGGAUGUUCAUAUGCUUUCAUUCAAAAUGAUGAAGUUGUGGAUGUAGUUCGAUGGCCAAAGCAAAAUAACAAUGUAUAUCCAAAGACACCUACACUCAAUUUCUAUCAAGGAAAUUCAAAAGAAAUGACUCAAUGGGGAAAUGCUGCACGUUUAGAAAUGCAACGUCCUACUGCUCGAAACUCGGUUUUGUUAAAACAAUAUAAGCUUUAUUUGGAUGAAAAUAUUGCAAAAGAUUUACCUCCUCUUCCUAAUGGUCUAACUAUCGUUGAAGCUAUCUCGGAUUAUCUUCGAGCUUUUCAUGAACACGUGUGUAGUGAACUAAGAAAAGGCUUUGCAAAAAAUUAUGGACAACAUCAAUUUAGAUAUUGUUUAACUGUACCUGCCAUGUGGUCUGAUAAAGCAAAAAGUACGAUGCGUGAAGCUGCUAUUAUGGCAGGCCUUAUUCAAGAAGAUGACCAUCGUGAUCGUUUGAUGCUUAUUUCUGAACCUGAAGCUGCUGCCCUUUAUUGUGAAAAGAAAUGUGAACAAUUCAAUUUGAAACAUAAUGAUAGAUUUAUGAUUUGCGAUGCAGGAGGUGGAACUGUGGAUCUUAUUGUAUUUGAAAUUGAUGAACGUAGUGGUCGUAAAUUACGUGAAUGUACAAAAGGUCAUGGUCAAUCCUGUGGUUCAGUCUUUCUCGAUCGUCGUAUGAGAAAACUUUUAAAAAGAAAAUUUAGAGAAUAUCUAUCAUCUAUUCCUGCUUCUGCCUUUGAAACCAUGAUGGAUAAUUUUGUUGAUUUAAUUAAACCUCAAUUUGAUGGUGUGGAAGACCAGUUUAUUACGUUACCUGCUGCUAUGAAUUUGGCUUCACUUAAUAACCCUGCCAUUGGAUUAGAAGAUGGUAUGCUUUGUUUAACCGCUGCAGAAUUAAAGAAGGAAGUAUUUGAGCCAGUUAUUAGGGAAGUCAUUAACCUAUGUGAAGAACAACUUCAAAAGGCUCAACAUUUGCAAGCUAUAUUUUUAGUAGGUGGCUUUGGUUCCUCAAAUUAUCUCUUUGAGAGAGUACAAGAGGAGUUUGGUUCGCGUGUUGGCUUGGUAGCUGUACCUCCUCGUUGUGAAUUAGCAGUUGUACGUGGUGCUGUUUAUUUUGGUUUAAACCCUCGUGUAGUUACGACGCGUAUUCCUAGAUAUUGGUAUGGUAUUGAUACAACAACUACAUUUGAAGAAGGUGUUGAUCCUCCAAGUUAUAAAAUUAUCAGAGCUGAUGGUAGUGUAAGAUGUGAUAAUAAAUUUUCUGUUUAUGUAAGAAGAGGUCAACCACUUGAUAUUGAUAAUUGUGUUUCCAAGGAUUUCUUUGCUUAUUAUCCUCAUCAUACUACAUGUACUCUUUAUUCUGCUGAUACCGAAGAACAGCCUAUCUAUACCACUAGUCCUGGUGUACAUAAGGUUGCUAACUUUACAAUUCCUAUGCCCGCUUUAACUGGUGUAAAAGAAGGUGAAAAAGUUGAUUUAACAAUUAAAAUGUAUUUUGGUGAAGUUGAGUUAAGAGUUGAAGCUGUUAUUCGUGGCAAAACAUACGGUACAACUUGUACAUUUGAUACAGAUUAAUUAUAUAAUUAUUAUUAUAAUAAUAAAAUACCACUAUACGAACUUUACUUUAUUUGUUUAAGAAGAAGCAUUACUCUCUCUCUCUCUCUCUUUU